AUGAUUGCGUUACAAAAUCGGCCUAUCUUGCCGCCCGCCAAAGUGGAUAUCUCACUACUACUCAAGCCCCAGGAUGAGGAAGAAAGCCCCCCCGGUCCUUGCCAGGCCCCCCCGCCAGGAGCAGCUCCCCUUUUGACAGGUCCGGCUCCGUCUGUAGCCCCGCCUUUGACCAAGCCGGGCUCCUCGGGGGCUCCCAAACGCCUGCAGCCUGCUCAUACCGCCGAAUCCCCGGCCAAGAAGCAGUCCAAAUGGUCUCCCGAAGAGGAUGCUCUCAUCAUCGAGCUGCGGGGCAGCGGCAUGAAAUGGGAGGAUAUCAGCAAACGGUUGCCAGGUCGCAGUGCGAUCAGCUGCCGUCUUCACUAUCAAAACUACCUCGAACGUCGAAGCGAAUGGGAUGAAGACAAGAAGAACAAACUAGCCCGAUUAUAUGAACGAUUCAAAGCAGAAAUGUGGUCCAAAGUGGCGGAGGAAAUGGCCAUUCCAUGGCGCGCGGCAGAAGCGAUGCACUGGCAGCUUGGAGAGCAGGAGAUGGCCCGCCGCGCCGGCGUGCCAUGCGAUCGAUCCCCCAACCACCCGAACGCGUCGGGCCAGCACGUCUUUGACUCGACCACGAAAAAGUUCUACUUCGCGCACCCUCCCAGGCCACCCACCUGGCCUCGCUCCUCAGCUUCCUUCCUCGAGGAGCUAACGGCAGGCGUGCCUGCCUAUGCUCCACCUGUGCCUCUUCCCCGCGAGAGUACUAUGGAGUUGGACGACCAGAGAUGA